AUGGCGGCCUUGGCUUACGACAAGCUCGAGGUCCCCCUGGCAGCGCUCGGACUCAUGGGGCAGGCGAAGCCCUUCUCUGGUCAGUCCAGCCUGGGCAGGAGUCACAGCGAACAGCUGCACGAGCCCCGCUCAACCGCGCAGCAGCUGCAGUGCGCUGGCUGCACUACUGGGGACCCAAAUGACCACGCGGCCGGGGCGUGGGCGCGCGUGCUGUCGGCAGAGGCGUGGACGUCCGUGGGCGUGCACGAGGAUGCAUAUGAAGCCGACUCGGUUCCUGUCUAUGUCAUGCUCCCGCUGGACACUGUCAACAAGGAGGGCGUGUUCCGCUACGCAACAGCGCCCUGGUUCGCGGCGGCGCUGCAGCUGCUGGCCAACUCGGGCGUGCACGGGGUCGCCGUCGACGUCUGGUGGGGCGCAGUCGAGCGGUCGCCGCGGUGCUACGCGUGGACGGGCUACAGGCAGCUGCUCGAGGUGCUGCGGCCCACGGGGCUGAAGCUGCAGGUUGUGCUGUCGUUCCACGCGUGCGGCGGCAACGUGGGCGACCUCGUGCAGAUCCCCCUGCCGGAGUGGGUGCUGCAGGCGGGGCAGCAGGAUCCGGACAUUUUCUUUACGGACCGCCCGCGGCGGGGCGCCGGCCUGGGGCAGCGCAACAAGGAGUACCUCAGCUUCUGGGCGGACGAGGAGCCCGUGCUCUUCGGCCGCACGCCCGUGCAGUGCUACGAGGAGUUCAUGGCGUCGUUUGCCGAGGCCUUUGCGGCCGACCUGGGGGGACUCAUCUCGGCGGCCGUGGUCGGCAUGGGCCCCUGCGGCGAGCUGCGCUACCCCUCGUACGUAGAGGCCAACGGCUGGCGCUUCCCGGGCGUAGGCGAGUUCCAGUGCUACGACCGCCGCGCGCUCGCGUCGCUGGCGGCGGCGGCGCGCGCGCGGGGGCGGCCGGAGUGGGGGCUGACUGGGCCGCACGACAGCGGCGAGUACAACAGCAGCCCGCACGACACGGGGUUCUUCGCGCCGGGCGGCAGCUGGGGCAGCGCCUAUGGGGACUUCUUCCUCAGCUGGUACAGCGGGGAGCUGCGGGCCCACGGGGAGCGGCUGCUGUGCGCCGCCUCGCGCGCGCUGGGGCGCUUCUCGUCCGGCGGCGCGACCGGGGCGGGCGACGCGCGGCGGCCGCGCAGCCCGCUCGGGCGCGGCGCGCAGGCACUGCUGCAGCGGCUGCAGGCCAUGGCGGGCAGCGGCGGCGGCGGCGCGGGCGGCAGCGAUUGUGGCGCGGUGGGCGGCUGUGGGGAGGACGGAUUCGUCGGCUGCGAGAGCCCUGGGGUGCCGCGCGGCAGCCUGCCAAGGUCAGCGUCUUGCGUCUGGACCGCGCCUCUCGAGCCUGUCAGCGAGCAUGCGCAGGAGCAGACCUGCGAAAGGGCCCCGUCCGGCGUGGCGGGUCUGCGAAGCGCAGCUGACAGCAGAGGUGGCGCCAGCGGUCUUGAGGGCGUUGCGCUUGAGCAGCAGCAGCAGCAGCAGCAGCAGCAGCAGCAGCAGCAGCAGCAGCAGCAGCAGCAGCAGCGAGCUUGGUCAUACCAAAAUCUUGUGGGAAGCGUGUUUGGUGCGCUGUCGACGGCGUCGACGCCCCGCGCACAGGCGUUGCAGCAGCAGCAGCAACAGCAGCAGCAGCAGCAGCAGCAGCAGCAGUCGCCCGCUCCCAACCUGGAAAAUUGGGCGAGCAUUGGCAGCGACAGCGGCACCGCGCUCUGCAGCCUCAUCGCGCGCAUGGGCAUGGGCAGGGGCGGCCAUGGCACUCGGGACUCGCCCUCUGAUCCGGGCGCGAGCCUGCCCCUGUACCCACGCCUGUCCUCGGCUGACAGCCUGGGGGCCAUCUCAGCCGCAUCUGCCGAGCCGCCGCAGCGCUACGGCACACCGCCGCCACGGCAGCACGGCGGCGGCGGCGGCGGCGCGGCGGCGGCGCCCGGGCCGGCGACGCUGGCGGGGCUGCUGGGGGCCGACGGCCGCAGCAGCUCGACGCUGGCAGACUCCCUGGAUGUGUCGGCCGGCUGCGCAGUGGCGGCUGCGCAGGGCCUGACGCCCCACGGCGCACUCACGCCAAAGAUAGCAGCCGGCGGCUCUGUCGGCUCCCUGAGCCCGGACGGCUCUGCGAUCGUGGGCUCUGUCGUUGCGCAGCAGCAGCAGCAGCAGCAGCAGCAGCAGCAGCAGCAGCAGCAGCUGCUGCAGCAGCCGGGCCCCGCUGCCGCCGACGGCGCCCUCACGGCUGCGCCGGCGCGCCCCCAGCCGCCGCAGCAGUGCCUGCUAGAGCACCUCGCGUGCGGCGUCAGCACCCUCGGGCCGGACGCGCUGCAGCUGCUCGCCAGCGCCGCCGCCGCCGCAGCAGCGGCGCGCGCCGCGCCCGGCCGCGCGCCGCGCCCGGGGCUCACGCUUACGGUCAAGGUCGCGGGCGUGCACUGGUGGUACAACAGCAGCAGCCACGCGAGCGAGCUCACAGCCGGCUACUACAACACGCCGACGCGCGACGGCUACGCGCCACUGCUUGAGCUGUGCGCGCGGCACGGCGCGCACGUCACCCUCACGUGCGUGGAGAUGUGCGACGCGCAGCACCCGCGGCAGGCGCAGUGCGGGCCGGAGGGGCUGCUGUCCCAGAUCCGCGCGGCGGCCGCGGCGCUGGGCGUCCCGCUCGGCGGGGAGAACGCGCUGAGGAUAUUCCUGGUGGGCGGGGGCAUCGACGCGACCGCGCUGGACCGCAUCGUCGGCAAUACGCGCGCGCUCGCCGGCGCAGGCGUGGGUGCACGGGGCGGCGGCGGGCGGGGCGCGCAGGCGCUGCGAGCGGUGUCGUCGUGGCCGUGCGCGCCGAUGCGGGAGCAGCAGCUGGUGCAGCAGCAGCAGGCGUACCCUGGGCGCUUUGCAAGCGCGGGCGGCGCCGCGUCGGACGCGUCCUGGCAGCAGCAGCAGCAGCAGGAGCAGCAGGAGCAGCAGCAGCUUAAUAGGGGCUACGGCCUCAGCCCGGGCAGCAGCAGCGGCGGCGGCCCUGUGUGUGCCCUGGCAGGGCACCGCGCACACAGCGACGCAGGGUACGCGCUGCUUGGCUAUGCCGGCGUGCAGUCAGGACCGCCGCUGUCCGCCCUCGGGCAGCCGUUCCACUCAAACGGCAGCUCCUCUGAGCUCGCCGGCAGCCCGGCCCCGGCCGCACUGGAUCGCUCCCAGCAGCACGGCCACCAACUAGAUCAGCAGCAAUGGUUGCAGCAGUCGCCACAGCAGCAGCGGCAGUUGCAAUAUGUGUACCAGGAGCAGCAGCCGCAGCCCGAGCAGGUGCCGCCGCAACUGCUGCAGCAGCAGCAGCAGCAGCAGCAGCAGCAGCAGCAGCAGCAGGCACUCAGUGCCGACGGCCUGCCGGCGAUGCGGUCGUUCACCUUCCUCCGCCUCGGGCCGGAAAUUCUGGAGCACCAGGGCCCCUGGCUGUCCUUCAUGUACAAAAUGAAUGGCCGCGCCUGA